UUCGGGCGGGAGAAAGAGGAUAAAGGUGGACCGGAUCGGGCGCACGCGGACACCCCUCUCAUAUUACGAUAGAGCGGGUCACCGGGCGGGGAGGAGGCCCGCAUGAUUCCUCUCAAGCAGGCUGGAAGGAUGGUGAUGCACCGAGAGCAGAGCGGCGGAUUCCUGCAGAGACCGACACACUGCACCACGACCCCGCAACCGAUGCGAGCUGCUGCAGGGGCAGGCACCUCUGCUUCCCUCCAUCAGAGCCUCACCGACACACAGCCGCGUUCCCACACCGAUGCUUGAGCCAGACAGCCCGCUAACGGACCACCACCAUCCACACUCCAGCCCGUUUGUGGGAUGAGGCGCGGGUUUGCAGCGGACCAGCUUUGAACCGGGCCUGCGUUUUCCUGCACCGGAUACGAUGCGCGCGCGUCGGUUGUUUUGAGCCGCGCGACAGACGUGAGGAAGGAGGGGGAAGAUGAUGGUGCGAUGCUACCGGGGCAAGCUGUCGGCGUGGGCCGCACUGUGCGUGCUGGUGCUCUGCUGGUUUUACGUUUUCCCCUUCUACAGACUCCCCCGCGACAAAGACAUCGUGGAAGAGGUGCUGAGGCAGGGACCAGUAUGGCAGAGGAACCAGACGGGCAUCGAUUUGUACAGGAAGUUGCUGACCGAGUGCUGCGAUCCGCAGAGGAUGUUCGCCGUGACCAAGGAGAACUCGCCGAUGGGCAAGGUCCUGUGGUACGACGGCGAGUUCUACCACUCGCACACCGUCAACAAUGAGACCUACUCGCUCUUUGUGCAGGACAACCCUCUGCAGCUGCCCCUGAAGAAGUGCGCGGUGGUGGGCAACGGCGGCAUUCUCCGGCACAGCAAAUGCGGAGGGGACAUCGACCAGGCCGACUUCAUCAUGCGGUGUAACCUUCCACCGCUUUCGAAGGAAUACGUGGAGGAUGUUGGAACCAGAACGCACCUGGUCACGGCCAACCCCAGCAUCAUAGAGAAAAGAUUUCAGAACCUUCUGUGGUCCAGAAAAGCUUUUGUGGAGAGUAUGAAGGUCUAUGGCUCCAGUUACGUCUACAUGCCAGCCUUCUCCAUGAAGCCUGGCACCGACCCAUCACUGCGGGCGUACUACGCCCUGGCAGACACCUCCUCCAACCUCACCAUGCUCUUUGCCAACCCCGAAUUCCUGCUCACGGUGGCAAAAUUCUGGAAAGGCCGCAACGUGCACGCCAAGCGCCUCUCCACGGGGCUCUUCCUGGUCAGCUUGGCUUUGGGGCUGUGCGAGGAAGUGACGGCCUACGGCUUCUGGCCGUUUUCCGUCGGCCUGGACGAGCGGCCGGUCAGCCACCAUUACUACGACAACAUCCUGCCCUAUAAAUGGUUCCACGCCAUGCCUGAGGAGUUCGUCCAGCUUUGGCACCUGCACAAAAGCGGCACGCUGCGCAUGAGAGUGGGACGCUGCCCCCCUGAGGAAGGAGGGAGUUAGAGCUGAUGUGAUCGCGGCCAGCUGAAGUUCAGCGGGCUACAGGGAGCUGAUGAAAACGUUGGGCUUGUGAAGCGACAGGAAGUUGUCGGCGUGACAAAAACGGGUGCACGUAUUUCCUCUGAGGUACCUCGGCACUGCAUCUGUGUCCAUACACACUCCUGCUGUCCCCCGCAGCUAAUCCGUAAUUACCACGAGAAUGUCCUCCACCCAGACCAGCAGCAUCGGGGACAGGAUGCACGCUGACACAUGCAGCCACACGCAAUGUAAAAUAUUCAUACAUUCCCAAAACUCGCCAUAUCUCCUCGCUUUCUGAAACGUGUGCGUGUGCAUGGAUGUGUUUGUUUAUGGAAAGCCUCGGCUGGGACU